CUGAGCGCCCAGGCUGGGCCCGGCGAGGCGCACCUCUGUGGUCCAAGUGACUGCUCCGGGGCUGCUGGGCCACGAGGCAGGGAGACGCGAGGGCAGGAGCCAGGGCCGGGCAGCAGCAUCGGGGGCCCAGACGGCGCAGCUCAGCUGCAGGUCGAUCUCGGAAUGGGCAGGGGCGCGGGAAGUGUUCGCAGUGGAGUCCGCCGGGCACCUCUCCGCCUGUGCCCAUCAGACGUGGGAGGCGAGGGUUCCUCGGAGGGGAGGCAGGGCAGGGGACGUCUACGCGGGAGAGGGAGAGCCCCAUCCCCUGCCCUGCACCCCACCCCACUCAGGAAAAGGCUCCUAUCGCGCGUCCGUGGCCCGUCCGGGAAGGGUCCGUGGGAGCAGGCUGGAGGGCAAGACUGCUUCUCCCCAGGCCCGGGUCUGGCAGGACUAACCCACAGCCAGAGCCUAGGGCAACACUAGCUCCCCUGAUAUUGGCCAGACCCCUGCUACUUGACACCCUGCUACUUGACUCAGAGGUGGGAGUGCAGGCACACAGUAGGUCUGCAAGCUUGCCUGACACAGCCUCGGUGGCUUCAGACCCAGGGCCCUGGGGAGCAGGGGUGUCCACGCCAGGUGGGCAGGACCCUGAUGUGGGCUGGGCACCCCAUGACCCCGCUCCAUGCACUUGCCCUGCACUGCAGCCACCAUGGAGCCAGGCAGCGUGGAGAACCUGUGUGUCGUGUACCGGAGCCGUGACUUCCUGGUGGUGAACAAGCACUGGGAUGUGCGCAUCGACAGCAAGUCCUGGUGGGAGACGCUGACCCUCCAGAAGCAGCUGCGGCACCGCUUCCCAGAGCUGGCCGACCCUGACACCUGCUACGGGUUCAGGUUCUGCCACCAACUGGACUUCUCCACCAGCGGGGCACUCUGUGUGGCCCUGAACAAGGCAGCCGCAGGCAGUGCCUACAGGUGCUUCAAGGACCGGAGAGUCACCAAGGCUUAUCUGGCUCUGGUGCGGGGGCACGUCCAGGAGAGCCGAAUGACCAUCAGCUAUGCUAUUGGCAAGAACAGCACAGAAGGCCGGACCCACACCAUGUGCAUUGAGGGCACACAGGGCUGUGAGAACCCAAAACCAAGCCUCACUGAGCUGGUGGUCCUGGAACACGGACUGUAUGCAGGUGAUCCUGUCUCCAAAGUGCUGUUGCAGCCUCUCACGGGACGGACGCACCAGCUGCGCGUGCACUGCAGCGCCCUGGGCCACCCCAUCGUGGGGGACCAGACCUAUGGCCAGGCCUCGAACCAGGAGGACCAGCCCUUCCGCAUGAUGCUCCACGCCUUCUACCUGCGCAUCCCCACAUGUACCGAGUGCGUGGAGGCCUGCACGCCCGACCCCUUCGUGCCCACCCUCGAUGCCUGCUGGAGCCCCCACACCCUGGUGCAGCCACUGGAUGAGCUCGUCCAGGUCCUGCGGGCUGCCCCAGACCCUGACCCCACAGAAGGGGGCCCCAGGCCCUGCAGCCCCUCCACGCCCCUGCCCGGGCCGGGCCGGCCCCCACCGCCCCCUGCCAAGCUCCCUGAGACAGAAGCACAGCGGGCCUCCUGCCUGAAGUGGCUGUCGGAGUGGACGCUGGAGCCGGACAACUGAGAGCAUCAUGCUGGGGUGGGGAUGGCAGGCUGGGACUCCAACGGUUGGGGGCUGCAGGUCAGAGUCCUGGACACAUCCCUGCAAUGGCCAGGCCUGGCCAGCAGGGGGAGCCAGGCAGCUGCAAUUCCAGAGGAUUAAGCUCUUGGGCUGUGGGACCCACAUGGGCCUCCCUCCCAACACCCCAACCCCCACAAACUGCCCCAGAGCACCUCCCUGGUUCUAGAGCCUCAACCCCAGGAACUUAUUUGUAGACUUGAUCGGGGUCACUCUGGAAGAGGCAGAGCCAGGACCUGGGCCACCCUCAAGGUGGGCUCCUCCUGGGCCCCCAGCCAACACCCCAGAGCACCGUGCUCCACGCUGCUUUGCUUGGAUCCUCUGUGGCCAUCACCCCAGCCUGGCUGGGUUCUCCAUCUGCAGACCUCAACCCUCCUUGCUAGGCCCGUCUGACCUUGUGCCUUUGCUUCUGCUAGACUCUGCCCCCUCCACCUGCAUCCUGAGCGUCUCACAUGGAGGUCCCUGCGGAGCAUCAGCCCCUCACCCACAGCGUGGCCCGGCCCACAGACCCUGCUCACCUGGCUCCUCCCCCUGAAGAGCCCUGUCAGCCCCUCUGAGAACCCCCAGGACCACAGAUCCCGACCUUGCUCCCUACAGGUAUGCUGCCUCUCCCGUUGGCCCCAGGACAUGGGGUCCACCCAGUCCAUCUGCCCCCCACAGCCUACUGUGGGGCAGCCCGUGAGCGGUCAUGCUCCAGGGGGCACAAUGCCGGCAGGUCAGGAGCACACCCAAGUGCCCAACCCUGCCCCUGCUCACUCUGUGUGGACAGGGACAAGCCGUCAGCCAGCGUGGGCCUCAGUCUCCUCGUGUGUACGGCAAGCAUUGUGCCGUGCUGCUGGCGGGAGCCGGAUUCCACGAGCAGUACAGGACAGAGCUGGGGAUGGGUGUGACUCUCUACAGCCCAGCACUUGCUCUGUUGCUGUGGUCAUUUGUCCACCCGGGGCCUUGGGCUUCCCUAGAGGCCAAACCCAAAAGGGGCAGCCAGCAUCUGGCCUCCUGCACUCACUGGCCUAUGGGGAGUGUCCUUCAGCCAGGCCUGGACCCUGAGGUGGGUGGAGACCCCACCACCAAGUGACAUCCCACCCCCACAGACCCCUCAGCACCCAGAGCUCCAGCAAGCCCUCAGCCAAAACUGACUGCUCCAGAGCUGACCAGCCAGCCUCAGGGGGUCAGUGCUAGAGCCCAGGGUGAGCCUGCCCACCUCCAGCGGGACCUGCUCCCUGGACCCCGCCCCCCUCCAGACCCUGGGGGUCACUGUCCUCACUGCCACACACCCUGCCAGAUGGAGCUGAGCUGGCCCUCCUGGUGGCCAAGGGGCCCUUGGAAGCCCAUCCUGGGCCAGCUGGACGGGGAGUCACUGGACAGUUUUCAGGGGAGAGGGGCUGUCACCACAAGCUCUGGGUGCCCUCCAGCUCUAGAUGCUGCAGCUGGACUCCCAUGGGGCCUAUCCAGGGGCCGGGGAGCGAUCCUCAGCUGGUCCCUCCAGCUGCCGGUCCCCCAGGGUCAGCACCUCUGCUUGUCUGCGGGGCUGGCUUGAUGGGCAUGUGUGGCCCUUGAUGCAGGUGGUAGUUGUUCAGCGGCUGAACCCAUGUCAUGGGGGCUCAAGGCCCCAGAGCCCUCUUGGCCCUGCCAAGCAGAGGCAGAUGUGGUCAAAGCUGGGGCCAAGGGCCAGCCUGGGGCACCCAGCCCGCCCCACCUCAGCUGGGGAAGAAGUGUCUGUGGGCAUCUUCAUUCCCAACCCUCCCGCAGCCACACCUCCUGCUCUGCCUUGGAGACCUGCCCUGUGGAGCCGUCCCUGUCCUGGGCCCCAGGGUGCUGGGCCCCAGGGCCACAUGUGUGGCAGGCACAGCUCUCCCGUUGAGGCUGCCUGCACACCCUCCCUGCCCCACAGUGCACACACGUGUGGACAUGCAUAGCCGGCUCUGCUCCAGUAUCCACAGUACAGAAACACGCCACAUGUCACUCAACCCAGGCCCCACAGUGGGGCCACGAGUGCCUAAGAUCCCUGCAGGGGACACAUGAACCACAUGCACCACGUGUGCACAUAGAUGUGUGUGCUCCUCGGUGCACACGGAUGUGCAUGUGUGCUCACACAUGGAUGCCAGCACACGUCAAGUGCAGGUGUACACGUGUACAAACGCAGGUGCGACCCUCAGGGCAAGGUCAUGGCUGAGCCAGACCCCCCAGGGGAGGGGUAUGUGCUGGGCAGCCGCCAACUGGGAGCUAAGCCUCCCGCUCCUGUGAGGCUGGGGAGCAGGUGCCCACUGCUCUUGGGGCCUCCAGGGGCUGACAAGGCUGCACCACCUGGUAUAGCCCCAGCCCCUCCCCUACACAUCUGCCUGGCAGGCGUCACUGCAGGAGUGGGUGGCUGGCAGGGCAGGGUGCUGAGCGAGCUAUGGAGGUGAGCGGAGACCAUGGUGCCCCCACCCUGCACCACCCCUGCGCCCCGAAGCUCAGUUGCAGGGGCUGACACAGAGCAGGGUGGGACCACUGGUGUCUGGACUCCUGGCACCAUGUCUACAAUAUCCCCGCUUCUGAUAUCUGCCGCCUGGACCUGGAGCAGCCUCCUUCUAGGACAGACAGAUUUCUUGGUGCUCAGGUGGGGGGCGGGGGUGGGACGGGAGCCGCGACCAACUGGACGCACAGGGCCCCAGCUGUGAGUCUGGCCUCUGUGUGGCCCUGGGCAGGUAGCUGAGCCCCUCUGAGCCUCCGUCUUGGCCCCCACUUGGGGCGGUUACCUCCCCAUCUUCCUCCUGGGCCAUGCAGAGUCCAGAGGCGCACAGGUGCCCCAAGCCAGCAGCCCGUGCAAGGCCGUGGUCCAGGAGCCAGCAGUGUGGACCAGGCUCCCUGGCGCAACCUCCUCCCCAGGCCUCAGUUUCGGUCUCCACCACGGCCAGAGCUGCCAGCAGGCUGCAGCAUGGGCUGUGCCCGGGGCCAGGUCUCACUGGGCAUCCGAGGCCCUGAGAAGGGAAGGGGGCUGCCUGGGCCGCCUGGUGUGGGGGUGAAGCUGGGGCUGCACCAGGGUAGGUUGGGGGCCAGCAGGCCUCUCACCCCAGCUGCUGCAGGGACUCACUGGGACCGCCGCCCACCCCCACCUCCGAGCUGUUGAGAGAGCUGUCCACUGGAGACACAGCAGUCCAGCUGCAGAUCCCCUGAGUCCUGACCUGUGGUAAGAAAGCCGGGAUUUGGCCUGGCUCCCCCUCUGCUGCUCCCUUUUGUUCCAGAGACACAUUGCUUGUGGGUUGUGCCCUCCUGAAAGACGAAGAGACACGGCUGCAGCCCAAGCUUGACCCAGACCCGCUGCCUGUGACCCCGGUGCCUUCCUGCCAGGAUGACCAGUGGGCACCACACAGCCAUGGGCCCCAGAGCAGGCCGAGGGUGCCACCCAGGGAGGGCUGGAUGUCAGCAGGGCCAACAUGUGGGCCAGUGCCAACACCUCCCUCCUGCAAGGCUUCUGGUGCCAGCUGGCCAGUCAGCUAGCCCGGGACCAGCUUGCCGCUCUGAUCAGGAGGAUGGAGACACAGCAUGUCCUCCUCGGAGCCUGGCAGGGAGGGCCCCGCCCGAGCCUCAGCACCUCCGACCUGCUGCUCCUCGGGGUCCUGGUGUGUGACACAGAUGCAUCCAGCAUCAUGGCUGCAGACCCCCAUGUGCUGCAGAACCUGCGGCGCUGUCCCCAGCUGAUGGCCGCCCUCAACAGGCUGCUGGCCAGCGGCAGGACCAGGCUCGGGUCUACCCAGGCAGCGUCCCCGAGGAGCAGCUGCAGCUCAUCCCCUCGCUGGCCUACCUCUACUCCCAUGUGGAGACUGGCCAGUGGCACAUCACGUCCAAGGACACGGUCGUGGCCCUGCUGGCCCCAGACGGGG